AUGCUCCCACACCGCCAGACGAAAGCACAACUCAACAGCAAGGAUAAAAGCGCACUUCUUUCCCCUGUGAAUUCUACUCAAGCCGGGGGAGACGCACACCCCACGCACAAGGAGCCAGUCAGGUUCCAAGGACACGCCCAGGACAGCCUCCCAAGAGCAGGAAACGGAGGAAGCAUGUGGGCGUCUACAGUAGGCGAUCUGUUCAGGGUCAUCACAUCAACCCCCAAGCCUGGCCGUGUUCCCCCGGCCUCUCCCAGCUUUUCCUCUUCCGUGGACCACACUAAAGAUAAUAAGCAUGCUCCCACACCGCCAGAAGAAGCACAACUCAACAGCAAGGAUAAAAGCGCACUUCUUUCCCCUGUGAAUUCUACUCAAGCUGGGGAGACGCACACCCCACGCACAAGGAGCCAGUCAGGUUCCAAGGACACGCCCAGGACAGCCUCCCAAAGCAGGAAAAGGAGGAAGCAUGUGGGCGUCUACAGUAGGCGAUCUGUUCAGGAAGGAAACAAGAGCCCGAAGAAGAAGCAGAAACGUUUUCGCCCGGGGACUGUGGCUCUCCGAGAGAUUCGCUAUUACCAGAAAGGAGGAAAUACACUGGUGCCAAAGCUGGCAUUUUCACGGUUGAUUCGUGAGAUUCUUCAGAGCAUCCAACCUGAUCUAAGAAUCCAGAGCUUAGCCCUAGCAGCACUACAGGAAGCUGCAGAAGCCUAUGUCAUCUCAAUCAUGGAGCUGGCUAACCUGUGCAGCAUCCAUGCGAAGCGAGUCACCCUCUAUCCCAAGGACAUACGCCUCGUCAGGAGGAUACGCGGAGACUCGUGAACUCGAGAACAUGGUGCUAAAUGUUUUGCUGUGUGUGGUCUGAAUGAUGAAUUAAUUUUGUUAGCAGAAAAUUAAAGAAACUUUCAUUUUCUUUAUAACUAAUUUUCUUUGUUUGAUGUGCAAGAGGAAAGAAAGGAGCUGGAUUCAUUUUUUUAUAGCUGUAGAAUUCAAAAAAGGAAAUAAGUUUUAUUUAAUUUGCUUGUGUUUGUAAAGUCUACUUAAUUUGGAUUGUUGGAAGAGUGAUUAUAUAAAUCAAUUAUGAUUAGGUUUUACAC